AUGAAUGACCCAGGCCUCGACGGGCCUAUCGCAGACGCGUCGGAUCAAGUCAAGGAGAACGUCGACGAAAAGCCUGACGAUGGCUUGGACGAGGAAGAAGAGGAACGGAGUUUCCUCUUACCGGCGCGGUGGUGGUAUGCAUCCACAGGAUUUCCUUUGAUUGCAGGCACAUUUGGCCCCAUGGCGAACGCAUUCAGUAUAUGCGCACUUGUCGAGAACUGGAGGGUCGAAAUCCCUCCAGGAGGCACUGAAGAACAUGGGAUUGAUAUCAAGGAUCCUCGAUGGCUCAUCGCUGUGAACGCCAUCUCGCUUGUCUGUGCCCUGACGGCCAACCUUUCACUUUUGUUGAACAUGGCGGGUAGAGUAUCUUUCAGUAUAGCGCAACCCAUCACAAUUAUUGGAUUUUGGCUUGCGUCGAUCCUCCUCAUCGCUCUUAUCGCAGUCGCAGCGCAUGCGUUUCACGCUCCUGGCGUGCAGGACCAAGCACUCACACAGGCCUAUUACUAUGCAAUAUUUGCCGCCGGACUCUACCAGAUCAUCUCCUAUCUAAUGUGCGUGACCGUCUAUGGCGCGUUCAGAGGGCACUACAGCAAGGAAUUCAAACUGACUAUGGCCCAACGAACGCUAAUGCUCCAAACCAUUGCAUUCUUGGUUUACCAACUACUCGGAGCCUUAGUAUUUUCGCAUAUCGAGGGCUGGAAGUUCCUCGAUGCCGUAUACUGGGCAGAUUUCACCUCGCUCACGAUCGGCAUAGGCAGUGACUACGUACCGAAGACUCACCUUGGACGAGGACUUCUCUUUCCGUUCGCGAUAGGCGGUAUCACGAUCCUUGGUUUGGUGGUCGGUUCCAUACGUUCUUUGGUGCUUGAACGUGGUAAAAAGAAAAUGGCUGCGAGGUUGACAGAGAAAACCCGUGCUAAAUUGGUCCGAGAUGUUCAAAGUGCCAUCAAGAAGAACCAUCAUUCGAAACCUCACGGUGUCAUGGGGUUGGACAAGGAGCACGUGGACGCUUUAGUGGCUCAGCCUGGAGAAGGCGAUAUUUCAGAGAUUGAGAGAAGAGAGGCAGAAUUUCUCGCAAUGAGAAGAGUACAAGCAAGAGCCGAUACGACUCGCAAAUACUAUAGUCUCCUGGUCUCAACCUUUGCUUUUGCGUUUUUGUGGACAAUUGGUGCUUUGGUUUUCUACAAGGCGGAAAAGAACCAGCAGUGGUCGUAUUUUCAAUCCCUCUACUUCGCCUAUACGAGUCUUUUGACCAUCGGCUACGGCGAUCUCCAGCCAAUCAGCAACAGUGGCAAACCAUUCUUUGUGUUCUGGUCCUUGCUGGCCGUUCCAACCCUGACCAUACUCAUCUCCGACAUGGGUGAAACAGUUGUAAAGGCCAUCAAAGAGGUCACCAUAUGGCUUGGCGAGAUUACUGUGCUUCCCAAUGAACAAGAAGGCAUGAAAGACAGGCUCAGACAUGGCGUUUACAAGGUGACACUUGGGAAAGUCGAGAGCAAGUCAACAAAACCAAGUGAUGUUGAAAAGGGGAAACCCCCAUCUAACGGUGGGACCGACUUCCAAGAAUUACAUCCUGGCUUGGCUCGCAUAUUCCGAGUUCGCCAGAAGAAGGGGCAAAACCAGGAGCAGAUUGCAGCCAAGGACAGAUUGGCCGCGGAGUUCGAAGAGUCGGAGAAGAUUGAUGAGUCCAUUGCUCGAGGGCGUGGAAAUCGAUCGGAAGAAGAGGAGCACCACUACCGUCAUGUUUUAAUUUCCCAGAUCCGUAAGUUGUGGGUUGAUAGCACAGCGGCCACUCCCAAGAAAUAUAGCUAUGCUGAAUGGGCGUAUUUCUUGAAAUUACUCGGUGAGGAUGAAAGUGAUAGUUCACUCCAUGAAGCAUCCCCAUCACCCGCCAGAGAUGAAGUCGAAAAUAUGUCGCAUGACGGAGAAGAACAUGGGGAUCCUGACUCACCGGAGCAAAAUGAGGUCGAGCCUCGUCAUCCACGAAAUCAGCGUAAUGUACAAAUAUCCACUGGCGAGGAGGAGGAAACUGGAAACAUCUCGAGCUGGAGUUGGAUCGGAAGUGGAAGUCCGUUAAUGGGCAACAAGGCUGAGGCUGAGUGGUUGUUAGAGAAACUCUUUGAACGACUCGAAGAGAGUUUGCAUGAUCUGAAGAAAGGGAAAUCAGGUUCCAAGGAUCAAGAAACCCCAAGACAUGACCGUGGCAAAGCGUUCACGGCAGGAAAAGAUCAAAUUUCGACCUGA